AUGUCCAACUCGGAAAUCUACCACAACCCGGAAGCAAGAGCCUGGAAAUACACAUACGACACCGACAUCAGGCUUGCUCAGGCUUUCCACCGACGCCUGCCGGGAUACCAGGAGAGUCCCCUUGUUCCUCUGCCCGAGCUUGCAGAGCAGCUCGGCAUUCGAGCUGUUUUCGUGAAAGACGAAAGCAGCAGACUAGGAUUGCCCGCAUUCAAGAUCCUAGGCGCUUCAUGGGGCACAUUCCGUGCCGUUGCGGAACAGACCAUUCUACCUCUGGACUCGAGCCUUGAAGAACUGGCUUCCGCAGCUCAUCGAGUGAACACUGUUCUGUUCGCCGCCACGGAAGGGAACCACGGCCGAGCUGUUGCACGCAUGGGCAAGAUCCUCGACGUGCCUGUCCACAUCUUCAUGUCGAGAUUCGCCAGCCGCGAGACAUGCCAGAAGAUCGAAAGUGAGGGCGCCCACGUCACCGUCACUGUGGUUGCUGGCACCUACGAUGAUGCGGUGACGAAAGCAUAUGACGAGUCCCGAAGGGUUCCAAACGGACUGCUGAUCCAGGACAAUGCCUUCGAGGGGUAUGAGCGAGUCCCGGCUUGGAUUGUUGAAGGCUACUCCACCCUCCUGGUUGAGGUGGAACAGCAACUCCAGCACCAGGGGCUCGAAGCCUCGACCAUUGUAACUCCAAUCGGAGUCGGCUCGCUCGGCCAUGCCGUUGUGGCGCAUUGCAAAUCCGGUGGGAAGCACAUAAAUGUGUUGACGGUCGAACCGGAGAAUGCCGCGUGUCUGCACCACAAUCUCAAAGCACACAAGUGGUUCACAAUCGAGACGUCGGCUACGAUAAUGAACGGCUUGAAUUGCGGCACCGUCUCUCCCAUCUCCUGGCCGGUCUUUGUCAAGGGAGUCGACGCUAGCAUCACGAUAUCGGAGGUGGAGUGCCACAAUGCAAUCCAGUAUCUGAACGCUCAUGGUGUGAAUUCCGGCCCUUGUGGUGCUGCAUCUCUUGCUGCGGUGAGGAAAGGGGCUACAAUCGAUCCCAAAGCCACGGGACUUGCCGAAGACGCUGUCGUUGUCUUGUUGAGCACAGAAGGGGCAAGAAACUAUCCCAUUCCCCGGAGCUGUGCGGAUCUGAUCAAGCGACGACCAUAA